AUGACGGCUAAAUCCGGCCACUCGCGGCUCGAUGCUCUCCAACGAGCCAACCUCGGCUUGUCCCCCUCAUACAAUUUGAGCUCAAUGCACCAGUCCACUUCCCGAUGGGACUCUCAAGCAUUACAACAGCUCACCAUGAACAGCACAAUGCUAUGGCGGACACGCUUCGUCCUUCGUACCUUUCACUCCUCCUACCGAACCUAUGCCUCGUCCGCCGCAGACUCCCCCAUCAAAGUCCAAUAUCGCGAUGCUCCUCACUCCGGCCAGAUUCGCAUCCUCCUCCUCGACCGCCCUGAAGCUCGCAAUGCUCUCUCCCGCCGCCUCAUAUCUGACUUGCGCCAACACGUUACCGAGAUCCAAGCUGAAAAGGGCACCGGCUCAACACGCGCCCUCAUCCUCGCCUCCAACACGGACAAGGCAUUCUGCGCAGGCGCAGACCUCCGCGAGCGCAAGGGCAUGACCCAAGAAGAAACCCGUGACUUUUUGACAACCAUGCGCAACACAUUCACCGACCUAUCCAACCUGCCCAUCCCCACCAUCAGCGCCAUCUCCUCCGUCGCACUGGGUGGCGGUCUCGAAAUCGCCCUCUGCACCACUCUCCGCGUCUUCGCAUCUUCCGCCAUCGUCGGCCAGCCAGAGACAAAACUCGCCAUCAUCCCCGGCGCAGGCGGGACAUACCGACUCCCCGCGCUCAUAGGCGUGAACAAGGCCCGCGACUUGAUCCUGACAGGUCGACGAGUCGGUGGUACCGAGGCGUAUUUUCUCGGCUUGUGCAAUCGGCUGGUCGAAACCACGCCGGAAGAACAGAAAGAGGAGGGCAAGGCGAGACAAAAAGUGCUCGACGCGAGUAUACAGCUUGCCAACGACAUCUGCGAAGGCGGUCCCAUUGCGCUGACUCAAGCAAUGCGCGCGAUCAACGGCUGGCAGCGAGGUGAGGUAGCAGAGAACGAGGCGUACGAAGUCAUUCUGCACACGGAGGAUCGAGUGGAGGCCCUCAAGGCCUUUGCGGAGAAAAGAAAACCUGUCUUCAAGGGAAGAUAAAAGAAGAACGAGAGGGGCCCUGCUAAAGAACGGACACGAUCGUCGGUUUCGCAUCAUCCACCGUCAACCACCUCCCGCCUUCCGAGAAUAUGAAGUCUCGCGUGACAGGGAAAGCCACCAGCUAUAAGGUGUUGGGAGGCCUGCCAGUCUAAUUGAGGCAAUUACCAGUCCGAGCUUAUAAAGCAUGCAACCCGGCUCGGCUGGGUUUGAAGUCGAGUUCCCAUAGACGCAACUUCGAACCGCACGUCUCCAGACGAAAAGGGGACCGCCCGCGUUAGGUACUGGAUGAGACCACCCCACUGCGAGAAAAGCCUAAGUUCUACCUGUCUUACGGUGACAACGAGGCUCAUGGAUCUUCAUUGCCUUUGGGCUGGCGAAACGCAGAACAAGAACAACAGCAUUCAAACAUUCCAGUUCACUUCGCUAGUGACGGGCCUAGGGAAUGAGGGAGCGGUAGGCGUGCGGUGUGCCGUGUGCCAUACUCACGCAGAUCUAGACGGGUCGAAGCUGAAUUGAUAUUCGCACAUUUCAGAUCUCUAUCCGAGCCAAAGCAUCCUCCCUCACUCAUCAAUCCAUGCACAGGAACCCCAGGAGAAGGUUGGGGACAAGGAAGAAGCCACAGUCGGAACACUGGCACCUUUGUGAAACCUAGAACGAGAUGCGGCUGACGAGGGACGAGCUAACUAGUAACGCUGUCCUGUGUGAGCCUCGGAACACUAUACAGAGUAUUCGACGGAUUAUCAACUGUAUGUCUCAGAUCGUCUCUGCUACCUUGGUAUCUCAUAUCACACUAUCUUGUAGCUUUCCUACGUCGUAGCUCCUGUUGUAUAUACACCAGACCAUAACUGACUGUAAU